GUCCUGCGGACAAACCAAUCCAUCCGCGAGAGAGAGAAGGGUUUCGCUCGUUCUCGACCACCCCUGCGUCCUCCACACCUCGGGCUUGGCCUUCGAUCCUCUUCCGAUCCUCCCAACCUCGCCUCCCCCAAUGACGACCAUGAGUGACGACGGAGAUAGGACCUGUCCUCUGUGCGCGGAGGAGAUGGACCUGACUGAUCAGCAGCUGAAGCCUUGCAAAUGUGGGUAUGAGAUUUGUGUUUGGUGCUGGCAUCAAAUAAAUGACAUGGCUGAGAAAGAAGAGACAGAAGGGCGGUGUCCAGCCUGCCGCACACCAUAUGACAAGGAAAGAAUUGUCAGGAUGGCUGCCAACUGUAAAAGGUUAGUUGCCGAGAUAAACGCUGAGAAAAAACAGAAAUCUCAAAAGUCAAAGCUGAAAACAUCUUUAGAAGCUAAGAAGCAUCUUAGCGGUGUUAGAGUGGUCCAACGGAACCUUGUGUACAUAAUUGGCCUACCUGCUAAUUUAUGUGACAGAAGUAUUCUUGAACGUAAGGAAUACUUUGGUCAGUAUGGGAAAAUCAUAAAGGUAUCAAUUUCUCGUUCUGCAAGUGCCCCUUCCCAUCAAGCAUCAAGUAACGGCACUUUUAGUGUGUAUGUAAUGUAUGCAAGAGAAGAAGAAGCCAUUCGAUGUAUCCAAGCAGUACACAAUUAUAUUCUGGAGGGUAAAACCUUGAAGGCAUGUUUUGGUACAACGAAAUAUUGCCAUGCUUGGUUGAGAAAUAUGAUCUGCAGCAAUCCAGAUUGUCUGUAUUUGCAUGAUAUAGGUAGCCAAGACGAUAGUUUCACAAAGGAUGAGGUUAUUUCAGCUUAUACAAGGAGUAGGGUUCCACAAAUUGCUUCAAAUAGUUCUCAAAGGCGUUCAGGAAUUGUUUUGCCUCCUCCAGCUGAUGAUUCUUCAAACAGUAUAACUGCUUCAGCCAGAAAUUACAUCAAGAGCCCUUCAAAUAUUGCUUCAACCCAGGUCAAAGGUUCUCCUCCUAGUAGCAGUGCUGGGAAGCUCACGGUUCUUCCUGCUGGUGCUUCAUGGGGGCUCCGAAGUUCAAACUGCCGGCCUCCAACUGCAAGUGCAGCAUGCUCUCAAGUUCCCUAUGCAAAACAAAAGGUAGAGACGGUUGGUAAUUCGUGUUUGCCUCCUACAUCGACUGAAAGCACAAAUCAUCCUUCUGCAUGGAAUGAAGUAGUUCCAACAUCAAAGGUGCCUGAAGGCCAGAUUUUGACAAUUACUAAGUUGCCUUCUCUGUUAAUGGAAAGCACAAAGCAGUAUUGUUCAUGGCAUGAUGACGUAGAUAUGGCAUCAAAAGUGACUGAAAGCAGAGACUCUCCACAAAUUAGUGAUGCAUCUCAGCCUGAUGAACCUUUGAGUCCAUCACCAAGAGUAGUAACAUCUAGUGAUUGUUCCUCCAGAUUUUCUUCAUGGGAUGAUGGCUUAAACAUGACGUCCAAGGUUGGUGAAGAAAACCAAAUGGCACAUUCUGAUGAUGGGUUUAGACAACUAGAAUAUCUAACACCUGUUAUUGAAAAGAAGUGCCAAGCAUCUGUCUCAGAUGUAUCAACUGUAGAUGUCUCAGGUGUAACUCAUAUUUCCCAGUUAUCAUCGAAUUUCGUGCAUUGCCUUCCAGUCAGUGCACCUGAAGACAAGGAAACAUCCAUUCAUGUGAAUGGUGACAACUCAAAGCCAACAAAUAGUACAAGUUCUAAAGGUUUUGAUAGACAAUUUGGCAGGUCUGAUUUUGAUAGGGCUACACAAGGUUCUAGUACUAUCAAUGAGGCAACACAUAGUUUAUGCUCGAGUUUCUCUUCAGUUAGACUAGAUAGCCAUGAUAGGCUGGGUCGAUUAAAUGUGAACCAGAACCUUAUUUCAGAUUCUGAUAGCCUUACACCUGUAAUACCUUUGUGUAAUGUCUCAGAUCCAGCUCCUUGGAGUAAAGCCUCUCAGUUGCUUGAUAAACAUGGUGGGAAUGAGUCAAAGGAUCAGAGUACUGAGCCACUGAAGGAAAAGCUGAUUUCUGCAGUUAAUAGUAAGGACAGAGUCAUACUUCCUUGUGAUGAUAAAGUAUUUCUAGGUAAUGUUGAUCGCCCGUCAUCUUCACCUUAUGCAAAUCAUUCACACAAUAGUGGCAAUUGUUCAAGUUCUACUUCUUCAAACACGGAUGCCCAAAAUAAGCAAACCCCAAGAGCUGACAGAAAUCUGGAGAUGUGUUCGUUUCCUUUAGGAGAAUAUGCCUUGUCCAAUGGUUGCGAUGAUCAAAGCAGUUCACCCAGGGAGAGUUUUAGGUGUCCUGAGAUGAACUGCAAUGAAGAAAAAGUGAAAUCUUCAGGAAGAGUUGAUGAUAUAGCCUAUAAUAACAAAUAUGCAACUGUAAAUUUAAAGGGGGAGAGCAGCAUCAUUUCAGAUAUACUGUCACUAGAUGUUGACCCAUGGGAUGACUCGUCAAACACAAUUAACAGUUUUGCUAGUCUUCUUGGUGAAACUGAAAAACAGGAAAGGUCUUUUAAAUUAUUGAGUUCAUGGAAAUCCAACAACAGCAACCAAUCUAGAUUUUCAUUUGCCAGGCAAGAAAGCCAAGGGAAUAUAGUGCAACCUAUCAGAAGUGAGGUCUAUGCACAGAAGUUUUGCUCCUCGUCACAUGAUUCAUAUGAAAGUGGGCUUCGAAAUGGAAUUUUGUUCAAUACUUUUGAGGCACCCAACACUAACAUCAUGAGCAACCCUGUCAUCUCACCAGAUAAGGCUGCUAGUACUUCAAGGUCUAAGAUAUCAGCACCACCUGGAUUUUCAGCUCCAAACAGAGUUCCUCCAGGUUUUUCUUCUCAAGAUAGAUUUUAUGAAACACAUGAGGCAGCGUUGUCAGAAAAUCAUCUGGUUGGUAGUCCAGCUGGAAAUCGUUAUCAGUCACAUAUAGCUGGAAAUCCUGGUGAUGUAGAACUUGUUGAUCCAGCAAUUUUGGCUGUCGGCAAGGGACGAAUGUCACUUGGAAUAGAUAAUUUAGGUUUGGGCCUUAAAUCUACAUUUCCUGUGCAGAGUAGCCCUUCAGAUAAUGACCUGAGACUUCAUUUAUUGAAGCAGCAGUCUCUCUCUUCUUAUCAGAACUUGAGCAUACCAGAUUGUGUGGGAGAUAGAUUUUUGCCAUUACGUGAUGCAUAUAUCACAUCUCAACUUUCAGCAGAAAACCACUCUAGUCUUUCUCCAAUAGUGCAGAUGUCACUUCAACAACUGAGAAAUUCACAAUUGUUGAAUAAACAGUGGGAUGGCUUUAAUGAUUUAUGGACUGGAAGUGAUAUGGGUAUGAGUGAAGUCAUGAGGAAUGAAAGAUUUGGGCUUAGCAACUUCUAUUCUAGCAAUGAGGACAAAAAACUUCAUUUCCCAAAUGGUGAUCUAUAUAACAGGGAAUUCAGGAUGUAAUGCUUAACUGUCUCUGUGAAACAUUUGUCCAUCUCCCAUGUAUGUCAGUGUAUCUCUGAAUAAGUAACAGUUGAUUCUUUCGAGGAGAUGUGGAUGUUGAUGGCACGUGCACUGCUACUCCCGAAGUUGGUCGUGCAUCAUAAAGGUGGGAGUUUAUGUUCUGACCUUUUUCCAUCUAAAGGUUAAUAUUGGUUUAUCCUUCUGAAUUAAAUGUGAGAACACUAGGAGAACCAUUGGUGUACAAAAAACAUAUUGCCUUUUUAUAAUUGGUGAGACUUAAAAAGGUUGGGUUUUCAGAGAGGUUUCUUGAUUUCAGAUAUCAUUAGGGGACAGAAGUUUGAUAAUGAAGAACUUUCCCGUUGGGGUCUGUGUUAGGAAUUGGAGCGUUGCUUCCUAGGUUUUUGAUAUAAUGCAUGCCAGUUGAGCGGGCUAAGUUUGCAUGUGCAUUAUUGGAGCAAACAUACCAAAUGAUUCCUUCACUGUUGCUUGUUUACUGCUCUCUUGGUCAGUUGGUCUUAAUAUAGGCUGUGCAUUUUUAUUGUUUAGUGGAAGUUGCUGCAUAUAAGUGAUUGUGUAUUUUGACUAACAAGGCUCGAUUUAAGACAAAGCUCGUGACUCUUAUGUUGGAGAAAUGUUGAUAAGAUCCAUCGUCAUUGCACAAGGAUCCCUAGUGUGCUUGUGCUGAAGUUUGACUCAUCAGUUGGUUUGAAAUUCACACAGCAUUGCCAGGUAGAUUUAUCAUUGCUUGUUUGUUAUGAUCUUUUUACAUUCUUUAAUAACUGUUAUAGUUCUUCUGCAUUUAAAUUGCUUAAAUUGUAAGAGCAUAUUCUUUUAUGCUUUACUUCUCAAAAUUAUGUGUUAAUGCCAUUCUGUUUUCUGUUGGAUGUUAAAACUAUAUACUUAUGGAGUUCUGAUGAUUGAAGUCUACAUAUAUUUAAUUGCUUCAA